UCCUCAUUCCUUCUUUCUUGAAUUCUUUCCACCCCACCGAGGCAGGAUCCUCCUCACAUCGAGUUUACCGGCUUUUGCUCGUUCUUUCACUCCAAUUCUCUCAUUUUAUUUUACUUUGCCUCGCUCUCUCGCAUUUCCAACCUCAUUGUCGAGAUGUUCUCCAAGCUCUUCUUCGCUCUUACUCUCGUUCUGGGCUUGACCCUUCAAGUUUCGGCUCAUGCGCUAGUCGCUCCCCCUAUUGGUGUCACUGAUACUCCUGUCCGGAAAGACGUAAAGAGGCCUUCCAACAGAUCUCCGUGCGGAGCCGGCGUUAAUGUCGCGAAGACACUCGCUUCGAGCACUCCCAUUGUUGCUGCAGCUGACGGUACCUUCACGACUACUGUCACGAAUUUCAACGCCGGUACCGAUGGAUCUCGUCAAGUUACCGCUGCUGUGGAUACCACUGCCAUUGGAAAGACCUUCGCGGCGGCUGCAACCGUAACUCAGAAUGGUGAUCCCGCUCCCAAGGAUGUCGGUUCCGAGCAGAUUACUGUCCAGAUGCCUGCUGGGACGACUUGCACUGGCGGUGCCACCGGGGACCAAUGCUUGGUCUCCUUCAAGACCUCCGGUGGUUUUGGUAACUGCGUCCUCGUCCAGCAAAGUGCUGGUGCUGCAGCUGCAAGUAACGACACCACUGCUGCUGCAGGUGACAAUACCACUGCUGCUGCAGGUGACAACACCACCGCUGCUGCAGGUAACGACACCACUGCUGCUGCAGGCAACGACACCACUUCCGCUGCAGGGAACAACACCACUGACACUACCGCUACGGGUAACAACACCACUGACACUACGGCUACGGGUAACAACACCACCGCUGCUGCCGCUACCAUCGCCAACACCAGUGGCAAGAAGGGCAACAAGAAAAACAACAACAAGAGGGAUAUUGACAUCCGCGCUGUGGGAAGCCGUGCUGCGCGUGCCUUCCGUGAGGCUGAGCUUGAUGAGUUGAUGUAAACAGGAUACUUUGGGACCUUGAUCUCUUUGACAUUCGAGUGCAGGAUAGCCACGGACUUCUUUGUGUACAGUACUCCGACUGAACGUGAGGUGGAAGGAUUCAAAGACGUGUGUGAAAGUCAGUGAAAGCCAACGAAUAUUUGGAAA